UUAAGACCUGAGGUUUGGCGAGAGCAAUAUCGUAGAAAACCACUUUCUCACUCAUCGGAAGUUAAUUCGAGUUCAAUACCGGUUUCCUCUGAGCCUUAGACUCUGGCUCUCACUAAAACUUAAUGCAUGUGUCCCGGGUGAAAAACGAACACGCGAAAUUAAAGUCGUCGUCUGUAAUGACUUGAAUAAUUUUGACUGAGAAGAAGGAUAAGGCAGGGAGAACAGUCUAACAAAGAGAUAGGAUUGGAUAAGAGGGAUCUCCUGCUAAAUAAGUUCGCUGCUCUGCACAGCCUGUAGAUACGUGGAGCGGCGACACAUUAAAGCUACAAUGCAGCUCAAUUUCAGGGUAAGACGACGAUUUUCUGCGAGCAUGCGCUGCAGAACUAUGAACAAUCUAAUGUGACAUGUUCUAGUCAGUGCAGCCGUUUGUAGCUCAAGAUCUAGCCGCGAUGAAACUUAUCCAGCACAAAGGAACAUCCAGUGGGAUUCUUCUCCUUUACUACACAUUUAGCCUAUUUUCGAUUAUCGAGGGCUCGACGCGUUUUACAAAUGUUAAAGUUGGCAUUUUCGUGGAUCGCUGGAAGCCCAGUGAAACAUCACUCGAAAAUUACGGACCUAAUAUCGCGAACUUUCACCGCGCAGCCACUUUGAGUAAUAUAUCGCUGCACAUAAAAACAAUUCCUCUAAACGGAUUGUCAUUUGACGAGAUUUCGGAAACGCUCUGCUCCGACAUCGUGGAAAAUAACGUGACAGUGAUUGUACUGCAGACGAGGAGGGAACACUUCACGCAGUUUGUGGGAAAUUUGGCGUCGUAUCUUAAAAUACCAGUCAUUGAAAGUCUCAUGCAGGCACCCCAACUGGGCGACAAGGAACAUUUCAGCACGUUUGUUCGUAACGAACCCUCCGACACUCUGCAGUUCACUGUGUUCCUAGAAGUCCUCAGAUAUGUUGGGAAAAGGCGAGCUUUUGUCAUAGUUAGCGACGACACUUCGUAUGGACUGGUCAUGAAAUAUUACAACGACUGUGACUUUGCCUCUUUAACUAUUAUUAACCUUGGGUCGCCUGAUAUUGAACAAAGAGAUAUCAUCCAGGAGUUACUAAGAAUCAAAUCCAGCACAGCGCAGGCUGUUUAUCUUCACUGUAACUCCAAGCUUGCGCAUUUUAUUCUAUGGAUUGCAAAGGAUUUUCGUCUCAUCAACGAAAAUAUGUUAUGGAUUCUCUCCGAGAAAUCACUUCAUGACAUACCAAAUCUUUACACUCUUCCAAGUUUUAUUUACGCUAUUCGAACACAGAGGUUUGCCAGCGAAGAGGAGUUUGAUAGAAGGCACUUGACGAACAGCUUGUCAAUAAUACUGAAAACGUUUGGAUCAAUGAACCAAGGAGAAGUGAGACAGUAUCUACGACAACCUUCAGACUGUUAUAGUACCUCAGCAUGGAAUAAAGGGCAGGAGCUUCACAAGUUACUCGAGGCAAACGCUAGAUCACGUGAUUCGGAGAACACUGAACGCAACAACAUCGCACGACUUUCUUACGAAGUUCUUUAUCUACAAACACCUCACGACCAAGAUAAGGGCUGGGUUCAGAUAGGACAAUGGACGAACAAAGGACUAACAUUACAAACAGGAGAUCUGUCUCGUGCAAACGAUAAAAGCAGAGGAAAUCUAACAUUGAGUUUAUUGAUAUUUCAGGAACAUUUCAGCACGUUUGUUCGUAACGAACCCUCCGACACUCUGCAGUUCACUGUGUUCCUAGAAGUCCUCAGAUAUGUUGGGAAAAGGCGAGCUUUUGUCAUAGUUAGCGACGACACUUCGUAUGGACUGGUCAUGAAAUAUUACAACGACUGUGACUUUGCCUCUUUAACUAUUAUUAACCUUGGGUCGCCUGAUAUUGAACAAAGAGAUAUCAUCCAGGAGUUACUAAGAAUCAAAUCCAGCACAGCGCAGGCUGUUUAUCUUCACUGUAACUCCAAGCUUGCGCAUUUUAUUCUAUGGAUUGCAAAGGAUUUUCGUCUCAUCAACGAAAAUAUGUUAUGGAUUCUCUCCGAGAAAUCACUUCAUGACAUACCAAAUCUUUACACUCUUCCAAGUUUUAUUUACGCUAUUCGAACACAGAGGUUUGCCAGCGAAGAGGAGUUUGAUAGAAGGCACUUGACGAACAGCUUGUCAAUAAUACUGAAAACGUUUGGAUCAAUGAACCAAGGAGAAGUGAGACAGUAUCUACGACAACCUUCAGACUGUUAUAGUACCUCAGCAUGGAAUAAAGGGCAGGAGCUUCACAAGUUACUCGAGGCAAACGCUAGAUCACGUGAUUCGGAGAACACUGAACGCAACAACAUCGCACGACUUUCUUACGAAGUUCUUUAUCUACAAACACCUCACGACCAAGAUAAGGGCUGGGUUCAGAUAGGACAAUGGACGAACAAAGGACUAACAUUACAAACAGGAGAUCUGUCUCGUGCAAACGAUAAAAGCAGAGGGGAGACACCUGUUUUAAGAGCCGCGGUCGUGGAGUAUCCUCCGUUAACUAUGAAAGCAGACUUUGACGCCACCGAGGGAUGCUAUCAAGGUCUAGAAUGCGUGAAAUACAUCGGGGAUUCACAGAAUUUUACAAGACAUUGCUGCUAUGGGCUGGCCAUAGACGUGCUGCGGUAUGUCAAGACAGAACUUCAAUUUGAACCUCUGGUUUACUUCGUUCGCGACGGCAACUACGGUGCUAAAAACUCCACGGCGGGCACAUGGAACGGGGUCGUGCGGGACAUACAGGAAGGAAAAGCGGACAUCGCCAUCGAUUUGAUGACGAACGAGGCGCGUUCGCAGGUGAUUGAUUUCUCUCUGCGCUGGACGUACGCUGGCCUAGCCUUGCUCGUGCUCGUGGGCGAGCAGAAAGUAGAGGAACUUGACUUUUCAUUUUUCCGACCAUUCACCCUUUAUCUAUGGAUGGGCAUGAUCGGAGUAGUGAAUUUUUAUCUAGGGCUCUUAUGGUACACGGACCGUAUGAGUCCUUAUGGCCAUCAUAAGUCUUUCCGCGCUAGAAACCACAAAGACUUUGAUCUGAGUGAGAGUAUGUGGUACUGCUGGGGAGUUUGUUUUGAUAAUCAAUUCGUGGACUCGCGACCUCGUAGUUUGAGCGCGCGUGCCAUGGCUGUGUUCUUGGCGAUAUUUGCACUGAUGUGCGUUACAUCAUACACGGCUAACCUGACAGCACAUCUGCUCUCUGACGACACAAAACCUGAGGUUACUGGUAUCAAAGAUCCUAAGAUCACAGCUCCUGAUUCCGUUAUAACAUACGGGGUGGUUAAGUCUAGCUAUGUGGAUUCGUACUUUGAACUCAACGAAGAUCCAGUCAUGCAGUCCAUGUUUCGACGCAUGCGUGAUAAGAAACACUUGGUAGAUAACUUUACCGAUGGCGUGGAACGAGUUAGGAACAGGCAGCUGGAUAUUUUCAUCAGUGAAGUGUUGUCAAUAGAUUACGAAGUUGCCAAACAGAAGUCAGCAUCGUAUCCGAGAUUACAGGUGGUCGGAGCGACUACGCCUUUUGCAGAGAGUGGAUACUCCUACGCUUUUAAGAAAAAUUCACCCUGGAAACCGAAAUUCGACCUGGUCAUCAACAGAAUGAAGGCUGAGAAUAAACCAAGUGAGCUGUACAAGAAGUGGGUCUCUUCCGGCGAAGACAUGAGCGAGGAGCAUCACCAAAGACUCGCAGUUUACUCGUUAAGUGGCGUGUUUUUUCUAGGCGCUUCUCUGGCGCUGGUCGCCAUAUUGUUUCUCUCCCUGGAGAAUAAACUCUUCGCUGCAGGCUUCAUAUACAGCGACAUGAAGGGUAACAAUUUUCCUGAGAAAGGAAAGCGGAAGUACUCGGCUGCAGUCAAACGGAAGCUACUGGAUCUAACAACCAACAAGGAAGAGGCAGAGUUCCCGGACAUAGCGGACUACCUUCACAAUAGGAGGAGAAGUACUUUAAUGUUAAAGACGUUGUAUAAUCCUAAAUCCGUGAAAAGGAAAUACGAAGAGGCAGGUGAAAAUGGUACUGCUUCUAGCUCUGUAUGAUAAAGAAAUGCGAGUUUUGUAGCUCGAUCAGUAGGGAUAUAUCACGAUUGUAAGUCAAUUUUCUGCAUAGGAAACUGUAAGCUUCUACAGCAUGGCUACGUUAGGUAGGAAAAUACCAACAGAGAAAUACAUUAGUUACUCAAAACGAAGCACGGAUGUUCAACACCAGAAAAGGAAAAAACGAAUUAGAAACAAAACCUACCUUCGGGGACGAGGGGGCCGAGGAAGCGUACUCUACAAAGUUUUAUACAGGAAGGCUCUGCCCCAAGGUCCAACCCCUUACCCUUUUG